UUCUGAGAAACGUCAAUUAGAUUUACUUGAUUUAAACUGUUCAGUUCCAAGAUUGUCUUUUUUUCAAUUUCCCUCUCACUCGUCUAUUGGUUGAAAUAUGGAGUCUAAGCUUUUUGUGUUAGCUUUAUUUUUUUGCGUCUCAUUUGCUUUUGUUUCAGCUCAAAGAAGCAAAAAUUGCGAUCAAACUUUGAUCGAAGCUGACAAGUGUUUGAAAAGACUUCUUUAUGUUGGAGACUGGAAUCUUACAAUCAUCAGAAAUGAAGCUGAUCUCGUUGCUCACUGUCGGGAUACAAAGAAGGAUAUGGCUUGUAUCAAAAGGUAUCAAAAAUGCUUGAACAGCUUCCCUCGAGAAGUCUUUAAUUUGAUGUCUCGAAAUGCUCGUCAACUCAACAAGGAGAGAUGUGAAGAUGCCAAAGGAAAAGCCGAAUUCUUGAAGCACAUUAAAUGUUUGGACAAUUCAACAAUCAGUGUUAAUAUGUGCAUGGACAAAGUAAUCGUCCUUCUUGAUUAUAUUGCAAAUAAUAUUAAAGGUGAUCGUGAUGCUAUGCUUGGUUCAACAUGCUGUGCUGUCCACUUGGGUUUAAGCUGUUUCACUGAGAAGGUUAAUGAAAACUGUGCUAAGAAAACUGGUCCAGAAACCUCUGUCUAUGUAACCGCUAAAGUUAAUCAGAUGGUCGCUGAUGUAUUUGACUUAGCUUGUGCUAAAGUGCCCGAUGUUGCCUCAUGUGAUAAAUCUAAUCCUGAAUUGAUGAAAACUUACCGCAGUAUAAUCGCUCCAUCCGCAAACAUUAAACGUCAACAAAUUUCACCAUUGAUUCCAUUGAUGAAGGUUGUCAAAAAGAUUGAACUUUAAACUGAAAACUCAACCUUGACAUGAUUUUUAAUUGAUUCCCUUUUCACACUUUUUUACCAAUCAACCCACCCUAAAUCAAUUUAUUUGUGUCUAUUUCACUCAUGUAUUGUAUUGCAAUUGAUAUUUAAUAAAAAUAAUGACUUAUAAGCAAGCUUUA